UUUUUUCAACAAUGGGUCGUGGCAACAAGAGCAAGGUAGCCUCUGGGAGCAAACUCAGGCAUGUAGGAUCUCAUCAACACAAGAGGCCCUCAAGAAAUGUAGAAGAAUCCGGAGAACAAGAAGGACCAGACCAGCAUUCCAAUGGUAAUUUGGUCAUCGAUAUCACCUACCCCCUCGACCAAGGGCACACUUACGAUGCGGGGAAGUCGUGGAUCAUCUAUCGAGUUCCUAACAACUUGUGUGAAGUUUACAAGAACGCAUUCCAGCCCAAAAUGAUAUCCAUCGGUCCCUUCCAUUAUGGGGACAGAAAAGAGAGGCUGCGGGCCAUGGAAGAGCACAAGAUGCGGUUUCUGGAGCGCCUUCUGGGAGUGAAGUUAGAGCGGCGGAAGAGCCAUGGAGAUCCGUUGACGUUGACCGAGAGGAAGAGAGGGCCUGAUGACCGCGGAUGUGAAGUUGUCAACAAUGGUGGCCGGACGGCGAAACCUGCGCUUUUGGAUGCCCUAAAGGAAGCCAUGGAGAAUCUGGAGACGGAAACGAAGGCCUGUUAUUCGGAGGAGUUUGAUCAAAUUGGUAGCAAAGAGUUUGUGUCGAUGAUGGUCCUUGAUGGUUGCUUCGUGGUCGAACUAUUGCGCCUUUACCACGAUCAUGUCCGCACCAAGUCCACUGCCGAUCCGAUUUUCACCACCCACUGGAUGCUAAGAACCCUUCAACGCGAGCUCCUGAUGCUUGAGAACCAACUACCUUUGUUCGUUCUGAAGAAACUCUUCGAGCUGACCAACAACAACAUUGAUCAACAAGCCGAGUCGCUGGAAAAUCUGGCGGUUGCUUUCUUCGACCCUCUGCUACCCCGAGAGAAUGCCGCCUAUAAGAAGAACAACACAAAACCCAACGCUCAUCUGCUUGCCGUUUUCCGCUCUACCUUCCUCCAAUCGGUGAAAAAGAAAAGCCACAAGGACCCGGGUCGAGUUGCGUCGCAGUUGAAUCCCAAUAACGGCAUGACCACCCUCCUCCGAGAAAGGCAGUUACAAUACUUCGCCUCGCAGAUCCACGAGGCCGGCGUGCAAUUCCAGGAUCGGAAGGGCCAAGACUUGCUGGACAUCAACUUUGCCGACGGCAAUCUACUGGUCCCUCAGUUGUCCAUCAAGGACAACACCAUCCGCGUCUUUCUGAAUUUCGUUGCCUACGAGCAGUGCCACAACAAAGCCAAGCCCUUCUUCACGAAUUACUUCAUGUUCUGGGACGCUCUGGUGAAUUGCCCGGGGGACAUUCAGAUCCUCCACAAGCACGGUAUCAUCAAGCACGUGUUUGGAGGCCACGGGGAAGUGGCGAACCUGUUGAAACAGCUGUGCAGGGAGAUCGUCUACGAUCUUGAUUGGACCUACUUGUACGACGAAAUCAAGGAGGUGAAUCGUUAUUGCAAGCCGUACUUCGAGAGCACGUACCGCCUCUGGUGGAACAACCUCAUCAGCAGACAUUUGAGCACUGCCGCCAUCGUCCUCUUGCUGCUAACGGUCAUCCAGACUUUUUACACCGUGUACCCUUACUAUCGGCGGCGUUAAGCUUCGUGCCUGUCAUUCUAUGACGACAGGUUGUUGUUGGUUUAUGGCUUUUUAGCAUUCGAUAUCCUUUAUUUGUCUUAGUCGCAUAGUGGCUCUACAUGAUGGAAAUUGUAUCCUGCUACAUUUAAAUCAUUUUGUUGUGGUGUUGAAUUCAAUUUGGAACUUUUUGGAUCUACU